AUGGAGGUAGCCGUCGUCUCCGAAGCUGUAGUGUCCGAGGCGCUGCAUCAGCUCUAUAGUCCUCUGAGCUCUCCGCUCGUUCGUCGACGUGCCGAUUCACUGCUACAGCAGUUUCAGCGCUCUCCCGAAGCAGCACAGACGGCUCUGGUCGUGCUGCAAAAGCCGAUUGUCGACACAGGCAAUGCCGAGCACAACGCCUUGUUACGAGCCAAACGCGCGUUCUCUGCGUCGACACUCUACUUUACUGUGGCUUCGUACAUCCGCAAGUACAAAAUGGACGACCCAGCCAACUGGACACCCGAGGAUCGCACACAGCACGAGCUUGUCGUGAAGGAAUUUGGUCGGAUGGCUCAGGAUGUCUGGAAUGUUUUAACUGGACCGAAUGGAACCCAAGAAGAGCUGAACGUGCAGACUCACUUGGCCCUCACGAUUGCAGUCAUCUUGCUGCGCUUCCACGAACCGCAGGGCGAUACCACUGUGGUUGGUGCAGUGGAAUGGCUUGUUCAAACCCAAAAGCACCCGGUGAGCGAUGGUGUCACGGCUGUAUUGACCAAUUUCGCUGUGCUGCUCACGUUAAAGGUUAUUCCAGAGGAAGUGGACAACAAACGCGUCAAAUUCUCUAAGAACAAGCGAGCUCAGUGCGAAGAUAUGGUGCAGCAAUGCGCAGCUCACGUGGUUCGUGACGUCCUGCCAUCAAUUGCCACCGCCCUUGAUGCCAGCGAAGAGCAGGCUCAAUUGAAGGGGCUUUUGCUGCAAGCGUUUGCGAGCUGGGUGGAGCAUGGCACUGUGCCACCUCCAGUCAUCAUCGAGUGUGGGUUAUUGGAUCGAGCAUUCCGAGAAGCCUUGGUGCCAGCAACCUCCGUGUAUGCGUUGCAGGUUGUGCGUGAAGUGGUUCGCGCCUGCCGUCACAAUGAACACGUGCAGCUGAUGGAGAUUGUCAUGCACAACUCUGUGGUUCUAGGAAAGCAAGUGCAAGAGCGCAUAGCUGCAUCCGAGAAAAGCUUAGACUAUUGUCUUGCCGACUGUGUCAGAGCAAUGUCGGAGUGCGGACAAGCCUUUAUCGUGUACUUUGUGGAUUAUACGCUUGAUAUGCGCCCCGGGUCGUUGGUCUAUGAAUUCCUGGACUCCAUUUUGUUCUUUACGUCGCUGAACAACCUCGACAUUUCGAACGAAACGAUGGAGUUCUGGAUCGAUUUCCGCGCAUACAUCUCCGGAAAGCACGAGGAGCGAAUGUACGUGUUUGAAUCCUUCAUCUCGCGAUUGCUCAUCAUUUUGAUUGAGCGGACCCAGUAUCCUGAGGGCUUUCAGGCCUUCCCGGAGACUGCUAAGGAGCGUUUUUUCCUGUACCGAAGUGAAGUCCGCAACGUAUUCCGUGCACUUGCAACAGUUACAGUGGCUAGCGAGGAUAAGUUCAUUGUCGAUGCGAUUCAUGCCAUUUUUCAGCAGUACGAAGCCGCCGAUUCGGGAUCUCCCUUGCCAUCGAAUUGGUGGCAACGAACUGAAGUGUAUGUUCAUGCUCUUAGUGCAUUAUCAAAAUCGAUUCGCGAGGCAGAUACGUUUCUCGUUCCGAGGCUGUUCGAGUACUUAUCGCGGAAGGAGCCUUCUUACCGCGCACUCUUGCGCACAGUCACCAUCUUCCUUGGCGUGUCCGGCCAUUGGUUCGCACAACAUCCAGAGCACUUGUCAACCUCCGCGUUCAGAAUCAUCUCCAACGGCUUCGAGUCUCAGGAUGACCCUGGAUACCCGUUUACUCAGCACGGCUUAGAAGAUCAUGUAGGUGCGGUGGCCCUCCGGAAAUUGACUCUUCGUUGUGGCUCGCACUUCUUCAAUCCGCUGUGGAUGGACGCGUUGGUGAACCUGUAUCGCUCGAAUCGCGCGGCAGUGGGCGGGCCGUCCGGGUGUUUGACGGGAAACAGUGCAAAGCUAAUCGUCGACUCUAUCUGCCACGUCCUCACUACUGUAUCUUACAAGGAGGCACUCCCAGUGGUGGAGGAGCUCGGUGCCAUAAUGUUUGCAGACCUUGCUGCUCGGUACAGCCAACUAAACGCAGACGACGAAGGCUCGGUAGAGUUCCUGUGUGAAAUGUUUAAUCAUCUCUUCGUAUUAGCUACGAGGAUCCCGGUGCUGAUGGACCAAGAGACCCCGCAUCCAGUUCUGUGCGUGUUGCAAAAGCAGUGGGAGGUGUUGGAGACUAUUUUGCGAGUGUAUGGCUGCUGUGAUGAAGUGGCGGGGCAAUUCUGCGUGCUUUUGGUGGGCGUGUUUGAAUCUUUACGGUUCCAAGCGCUGGAGUUGGCGUCUGCAAUCAUGCCGGCGUUAUUAGAGCAAUUUUCCCGGAGUUAUGAUGGUAGUUAUCUUAGCGUGAUCAAGAGUAUCAUUGGCUGCGCUGGCGACGACGAGGCUACUGCAGUUAGCUUAGCACGAGUGAUGAUUAUCGUGACUGAGAGCUCAAUGAGCAAGAUCGCGGCAGACGGUAGUGUCGACGAGCACCCGGGACUUACUAUCGCACUUUUUUCGUUGGUGAUCACCUGCGGUACCCACCAUCCGUUGAUCUUAGUCCAGUCGAACCAGUUGGAAGGUGUUUUGGCACUCGCGCUGCACGCCUUUAAGUCCCAGAACCCUGAGGUUGGAACUGCAACUUUAGACUUCCUGCUUGAGCUGGGCUCUUUAUACGGUCAGAUCCUUCGCACUCCGGAAAACUUGCUACAAGGACCAGAAUUUGCAGGAAAGCUACUGCUGCACCAACAGAUUCAAACUCUAUUCUUUGAGAAGGACGUGCAGUACCACGUUCUUUUCGCAUUGUUCAAUGCCGCGGCGGGUGGUAUGCCACCAAACUUGAUGGAGAAAAUCGCAGAAGUCGUUCGGUCUUGCUGGGUCUACUUCGGGCGACAGCGCAGUGAAGAGCUUAUUCACCGGCUUCUGUCCGACAGCAACUUUCUGGGCUCGCAGGUUAGUGAACGCGCUCGAACUGAAUUUCUCAACUACAUAUCCACACCGACGUGCGCGGAAAACUCGCGUAAGUUUAAGCGCGUACUGAACGCGUUCUGUGACCACUUCAAACGCAACCUUACGGGAAGUGCGGUGCCAUCGUGA